AUGAACGACUACACGCUUCUCAUCCCUGGAUUGGGUUCCACGGAGACGGCUAUAGAAUCGAUCAGAGAUAUGCUACGGGAGAAGUGCACAGGAAUGAUCGAGGUCUUUGACUACGACUCGAGAGGCCUGUCAAACACUCCGGUUAUUCAGCUGGACGAUGGGAAGAGCCAAGCAUACAUCGGACCACUGAGGAAGAACGUGGUGGAUGCCGAGAAGAAGGUAGAUUUCGAUGGACAGAGCGUUUCGGUGCCACUGGAUGUGUUUGGCGUGGGCAGAGACCAACUGACCGCGUUCGGGGUCUCGGCGGAGAAGCAGAACCAGAUGUUCCAGAAGUGGAGAACACUGCCUAAGAAUCAGCAAGAGGCUUACACUCAAAGCUGGGACUCCCUGGACAAGAACGAUUCUACCGCUCUGCAGGGGUUCCUUCAAGGGAUGAUAGAUGCUCUCUCCUAA